AUGUCAGUACCACCGAAGUUUGCUGGCACCGGACUAGAGGAAGUGAAUAUUCCAGGGCAAGCAUAUUUAAGAGAAGCCCUCACAUCGUGUACCGAUCCCUUGAAGGCGAUUGAAAGCUUUCAGCUGGAAAAUGGUGUACUAUUGCCGUCUUUGCGUCCAAUGCUGCCAUUGCUUGACCUACAUGGAGUUCGCCGUUUGGACUUCCACACAUCCCUAAUGGAGGAGCUGCGAGAAAAACUAAUUGCUCAUAUUAAUGAAUUGGGACAAAAGGAUCCACGUGAACGCGAUAAAAAAUUGAGAGAAUUGUUGAUUAAAAGUUUUCCCGUUGUGCGAGUUAAGGCGCUCCGGCCUGUAGUAAUGGCAAUUUUACGUAAUACCCAACAUAUUGAUGACAAGUAUUUGCGAAUACUGGUACGGGAUCGCGAACUUUAUUCGGAUACGGAUACAGAAGUAAAACGGCAAAUUUGGCGUGAUAACCAAUCGCUGUUUGGUGAUGAAGUUUCACCACUUCUGUCACAAUAUAUUCGUGAAAAGGAGCAUGUAUUAUUUGAUCACACCAAUUUGAACAAUCUAUUCUUUCAUCCCUCGCCUAAGGUUCGUCGACAGGGGGAAGUAGUGCAAAAGUUGGCGAACAUGAUUGGACAAAGUGUCAAACUGUACGACAUGGUGUUGCAGUUUUUACGAACACUUUUUUUGCGUACCCGUAACGUUCACUAUUGUACUCUUCGUGCUGAAUUAUUGAUGGCACUGCAUGACUUAGAGGUACAAGAAAUUAUAUCAGUAGAUCCCUGCCAUAAAUUUACUUGGUGUUUGGAUGCCUGCAUUCGGGAGAAAAAUGUGGACAUAAAAAGGUCUCGUGAGCUGCAAGGUUUCCUAGAUAACAUAAAACGUGGUCAAGAGCAGGUUUUAGGUGAUUUGUCCAUGACUUUAUGCGAUCCAUACGCCAUAAAUUUUCUGGCAACAUCGGCAAUAAAAAUUUUACAGCAUUUAAUCAACAACGAAGGACUACCUCGAGAUAAUACCAUUCUCAUUUUACUAUUGCGUAUGCUCGCUUUGGGAUUGAGUGCAUGGGUAAUGAUCGAUUCGCAAGAUUUUAAAGAACCAAAGCUCGACUGCCAGGUUGUAACAAAGUUUCUGCCGGCGCUAAUGUCUCUCAUGGUAGAUGAUCAAUGUCGCAGUUUGCACUCGAAACUACCUCCAGAUGAACGUGAAUCAGCACUUUGUACAAUUGAACAUUCAGGCCCAGCGCCAGAUGCAGUUGAAGCCUAUAUACAAGAAAGCUCCGUAGCUAGUAUAUUGGCUAUGUAUUAUACCUUGCACACGGCACGAGUAAAAGACCGAGUUGGCGUUUUACGAGCAUUAGCUAUAUUAUCUGCAUGUAAAGACGAUCGAGCAUACGAGGAUCCCUUUUUACAUUCACUGAUCGCUUUACUAAUUCCAAUGGCUGAAGAAUUUUCUGCUGAAGAUUUCUGCACAACACUUUUUGAUGAGUUUCUUUUCGUUGGAUUAACUCGUGAUAAUGUUACACGACACAUGUUAAAACUUUUGUGGUAUGUGCACAAUAAAUUACCUCCAGGAAGAUUGGCUACACUCAUGAAAGCUAUACAGCCUACAACAGGCCAUAACGAAACAGUUCACAAAUUGUAUGAAACACUACAAGAACGAAUUGGUACAACCAUUCAUGAAGGCCCAAUUCCAGAGCAGCAAGAGGUGGAUUUCGACUCGCCCUUAAAGAGUGUACCCACUCCAGGACCGGCUUAUAUGCAGUAGAUUUUAAAUAAUUUUUAUAAUAUACAUUUUUUAAAUAAAGUAACUACACAAAAUA